CCCCCCCCCUUAGGCUGCAGAGUCUGGCAUCGUGAAGAUUAAGACCAUCGCAGCCAGGAGUACAGAAAUACUGGGAGCUCUGAAGGAGAACAGCUCCGAGGUGGUGCAGCCCAUUCCUGAUGGGCUGCGGCACCAAAGAGCCCAAGAUCACCCAGCUGUGUCUGGCUGCCAUCCAGAGACUCAUGUCCCACGAGGUGGUAUCUGAGGCCGCUGCGGGGAACAUCAUCAACAUGUUGUGGCAGCUGAUGGAGAACGGUCUGGAGGAGCUGAAACUCCUGCAGACGGUCCUGGUGCUGCUCACCACCAACACAGUGGUACACGAUGAAGUACUUUCUAAGGCCAUUGUGCUGUGUUUCCGUCUUCACUUCACCAAGGACAACAUCACCAACAACACGGCGGCCGCCACCGUCAGGCAGGUGGUCACCGUGGUCUUUGAGAGGAUGGUGGCUGAGGACGAGCGCUACCAAGGGAUUGUAGAGCAUCCUCCUCCUGUCCAGGGAAACACCAACCGGCGCUCUGUGAGCACGCUGAGGCCUAGUGCUAAGGAUGCAUACAUGCUGUUCCAGGACUUGUGUCAGCUGGUGAAUGCCGAUGCCCCCUACUGGCUGGUGGGGAUGACAGAGAUGACCCGGACCUUCGGCCUGGAGCUGCUGGAGUCUGUUCUUAAUGAUUUCCCCGGGGUAUUCCUACAGCACCAGGAGUUCAGCUUCCUCCUGAAGGAGCGAGUGUGUCCCCUCGUCAUCAAGCUCUUCUCCCCCAACAUCAAGUUCCGGCAGGGCAGCAGCUCCGCCUCACCGGCUCCUGUGGAGAAACCUUAUUUCCCCAUCUGCAUGAGGCUGCUGCGCGUGGUCUCGGUCCUCAUCAAGCACUUCUACAGCUUACUGGUGACAGAGUGUGAGAUCUUCUUGUCUCUGCUGGUGAAGUUUCUGGAUGGGGAGAAGCCACAGUGGCUGAGGGCGGUGGCUGUAGAGUCAGUCCAUAGGCUCUGUGUUCAGCCACAUCUACUACGUUCGUUCUGCCAGUCAUACGACAUGAAGCAGCACUCCACGAAGGUUUUCAGAGACAUCGUCAACGCUCUAGGAUCCUUCAUCCAGUCCCUCUUCAUCCUCCCCAACCUGGGCAACAACGCUGCUCUUAGCGCACCUGCUGGGGGCUCAGGUUCGGGGGCCCAGGGUUCAUCACAGGGGGGUCUGGGGCCAGGAGGGAUCAACAGCAACCAGACCACGCAGGCUGCGUUUGAAUACCGCGGCACCUGGAUCCCACUCAUGACUGUUAGCGUCCAGGGCAGCGCCAAAGCCACCUAUCUGGAGAUGCUGGACAAGGUGGAGCCCCCGUCGAUCCCCGAGGGCUACGCCAUGUCGGUGGCCUUCAGCGCCCUGCUGGACCUGGUGAGGGGCAUCACCUCCAUGAUCGAGAGGGAGCUGGCCGCGGAGGAGGGGGCCGCUGCUGAGUUCAGGGAAACUCAUCCUGGUCAGCAGUGGCAGCCACAACCCGGAGCCCAUCAGGUGUGGGAGGAGAUGGUCAGCGCCUGCUGGUGCGGUCUCCUCGCUGCUCUGUCUCUGCUGCUAGACGCCAGCACUGAUGAGACGGCCACAGAGAACAUCCUGAAGGCAGAGCUGACAGUGGCCUCGCUGUGUGGGCGCCUGGGCCUGGUGACGCCCCGCGACGCCUUCAUCAACCGCCAUCUGCAAGGCCUCUCUCUGCCGCCACACUACACCCUGACUGUCCUGAACAGCAACGCCGCCAGCCUCACCGGCAAAUCGUACUCCAUCCUGGGCCAGACUGUGCAGAUCAUCAGUCCCUCCAGUGAAUCUCAUCAGCAGGUGGUGGCUGUCGGGCAGCCCCUCGCCUCCCAGCCCCAGGGCACUGUGGUGCUCACUUCAAAGAACCUGCAGUGCAUGCGGACCCUGCUGAACCUGGCCCACUGCCACGGGGCCGUGCUGGGCACCUCCUGGCAGCUGGUGCUGGCUACACUGCAGCACUUAGUGUGGAUCCUGGGUCUGAAGCCGGGGCCGGGCGGGGUCCUGAAGCCUGGCCGAGCUGUGGAGGGACCCAGCACAGUGCUAACCACAGCCGUGAUGACAGACCUGCCCUUCAUCGCCAACAUCCUGUCCAGACUGUUUGAGAGCUCUCAGUACCUCGAUGAUGUGUCCCUUCAUCACCUUAUCAACGCUUUGUGUUCCCUCUCACUGGAGGCGAUGGAAAUGGCUUCUGGAAACAACAAGGAGCCCUCUCUGUUUGCUGUGGCCAAGCUGCUGGAGACCGGCCUGGUCAACAUGGAUCGUAUAGAGAUCCUGUGGAGACCCCUCACCGGCCACCUGUUGGAGAAGGUCUGCCAGCACACAAACUCCAGGAUGAGAGAGUGGGGGGCCGAGGCGUUGACAGCGCUCAUCAAGGCUGGCCUGGCCUACAAGCACGACCCUCCCCUCGCCCAAAAUCAGCGACUGCAGCUCCUGUUGCUGAACCCCCUGAAGGAGUUGUCCAACGUGCUGCAUGCAGACAUCCGGCAGAAACAGCUGGAGAGUGUCCUGCAGAUCCUGCAGAGCCAGGGAGACGGCCUGGGGCCCGGCUGGCCCCUCGUCCUGGGAGUCAUCGGGGCCAUCCGCAAUGAUCAAGGCGUGCCUUGUUUCUUUCUUCCCUUCAGCGAGUCCUUAAUCCGCACAGCUUUCCAGUGCCUGCAGUUGGUGGUGACAGACUUCCUACCCACAAUGCCUUGCACCUGCCUCCAGAUCGUAGUGGAUGUAGCCGGCAGCUUCGGCCUCCAGAACCAGGAGCUCAACAUCAGCCUCACCUCCAUUGGCCUACUGUGGAACAUUUCAGACUACUUCUUCCAAAGAGGCGAGGCCAUCACACAGGACCUGGAGAGGGAGGAGGAGGCUCUGCAGAAGCAGGCCAAGGAGAAGGGAGAGACCCUGAACAGGCCUUUCCACCCCGCCCCCCCCUUUGACUGCCUGUGGCUUUGUCUGUACGCCAAGCUGGGCGAGAUGUGUGUGGACCCCCGGCCCGCUGUGCGUAAAAGCGCUGGGCAGACACUGUUCUCCACCAUAGCUGCCCACGGGACCCUGCUGCAGCAGCCCACAUGGCACAUUGUGGUCUGGAAGGUACUGUUCCACCUGCUAGGCCGCGUGAGGACGUCCUCCACCACGGCCGACAAGGAGAAGAUCGAGUCUGGCGGCGGGAACAUCCUCAUCCACCACUCACGUGACACCGCUGAAAAGCAGUGGGCGGAGACGUGGGUGCUGACACUAGCCGGGGUGGCACGCAUCUUCAACACCAGGCGGUACCUCCUCCAGCAGCUAGGGGAUUUCUUCGAGGCCUGGGAGGUGCUGCUGAACCACAUCCAGUCGGCGGCGCUCAGCAAAAACAACGAGGUGUCCCUGGCGGCCCUCAAGAGCUUUCAGGAGAUCCUCCAGAUCGUCACGCCUGUUAGAGACUGGGACAAAGCAGGGGACGCGUUCACUGCUAUCGGCGUCCCCCCUGUGCUCAUCGACCCCCUCUCGGCGUACGGCCCCGGCAGACCCCUGGUGCGCUCGGACUCUCUAGUCGAGCGGCUGACGCGGUACAACGGCGCCGAGCUGCAGGCCCCUCCCCCUGGAGAGGAGUCAGCCUUAGAGGACUCUGCGUUGUGGUGGUCGGCGUGGAACACGUGGUAUCGAACAGGAACGGACAGCACGCGGCCCCCCAGCGGCCCCACGGAGAAGUUCUCCUUCAUCCCCAGCCAGCCCUUCCUCACAGCGUUGAUCCAGAUUUUCCCGGCGCUCUACCAGCACAUCAAAUCCAACUUCAGUAUGGAGGACCUGAAGAAGCUGGGGGUCAUCCUCCACGGGGCCGUGUCCGUGCCCAUCAGCAGCGACGCCUCGCCCUUCAUCCUGCCCUCUUACACUGAGGCGGUGCUCACCAGCCUGCAGGAGGCCGUGCUCACCGCGCUGGAUGUCUUGCAGAAGGCCAUCUGUGUGGGACCGGAGAACCUGCAGGUCAUGUACCCGGCCAUCUUCGAACAGCUGCUACUCUUCGUGGAGUUCUCCUGCAAGCCUCCUCAGUACGGCAGGAUGGAAACCAAACACGUGGCCAAUGCCAAAUACAACCAGAUCCAGCUCUUUGCACCGGCAGAAUGGGUUGCCUUAAACUACGUGCCCUUUGCUGAGCGCUCCUUGGAGGUGGUGGUGGACCUGUACCAUAAAACAGCGUGCCACAAAGCUGUCAUCAACGAGAAAGUUCUGCAGAACAUCAUCAAGACUUUAAGAAUGCCCUUGGGUUUGAAGUACGCCUGUCCAUCAGAGAGCACCUGGAAGCUGGCCGUUUCAUCUCUGCUCAAGGUGCUCUCUAUCGGGCUGCCGGUGGCGCGGCAGCACGCCUCGUCUGGAAAGUUCGACACUAUGUGGCCGGAGCUGGCCAAUGCCUUUGAAGACUUUCUUUUUACCAAAAGCACACCCCCAGAUAACGUUUCUAUCCAAGAGUUUCAGAAGAAUGAAGCCAUUGAUGUAGAGGUGGUCCAGCUGAUCAGCACAGAGAUUUUACCGUUUGCCAACUUCAUCCCCAAAGACUUUGUUGGCCAGAUAAUGGCCAUGCUCAAUAAAGGCUCCAUUCACUCGCAGUCUCCCUCGUUUACAGAGGCCGAGAUCGAUGUGAGGAUGAGGGAGGAGUUUUCUAAGGUGUGCUUCGAGACGCUGCUGCAGUUUUCCUUCAGCAACAAGGUGUCCACUCCACAGGAGGGCUACAUCUCUCGCAUGGCGCUGUCUGUGCUCCUCAAGCGGUCCCAGGAUGUUCUCCAACGCUACGUAGAGGACGAGAGGUUGAGCGGACGCUGCCCCCUGCCCAGGCAACAAGUGACGGAGAUUAUCUUUGUGUUGAAAGCCAUCAGCACUUUGAUGGACUCGCUUAAAAAGACACAGCCAGAGAAUGUGGAUGGCAACACAUGGGCUCAAGUGAUCGCCCUGUACCCGACACUUGUAGAGUGCAUAACAUGCUCCUCGACUGAGGUGAGCUCGGCCCUGAAGGAGGCCCUGGGGCCCUUUAAAGACUUCAUGCAGCCACCUGUGUCCAGAGUCCAGAACGGAGAGUCCUGACCAGGCUCACUCACAUUUGUUUUUUUAUAACAAAGAAAUCUUGAAUGUGUCUUCUCCACCCACGUGCUUCACAAGUGCACGGACAUGAACUCAACGUGAGCCCCAUCUACAGUGACAUGAAGUGACCCCUGACGAAGAGAGAUCCAAUGAGGCCAACGCCCCCCGACCUUCAUGCGCAUCAUCGUAUGCUUCUCAUGUGAGCCGAUUACUCAUCUGCCCCCUCCAUUCUCAUACAGACUGACUGCACUCUUGACUUAACUACAGAGAUUUGAAAAAGAUUGCAGUGUUGCCUGUUUGUUUUAUUCUCCUGAUGAGGCGGAAUCGAUGUACAGUGUGUGGUGAUAGUGUUGAUGAUGUAAUUAACAAAAAAAUGCAACAACUGGGGCUUUCUUGAUCUUAAAAAUGAACACUUAAACUUUUCCAACAUUUUCAACAGUAAGGAUUUUAUGCAAGAAAACAAAUCUUACUGUAACAUUCCAUGUCAUCUAUAGCCAGCCAUCUGAGAAGGGAUGUACCUGUCUGUAUAAAAUAAAUGGGACAAUUCUACGAUCA